UCCCACCUCACAAGCACUUGUCAAUGGCUAAAGAGAUGAGUCCUGGAGUGUACUAGAAGCGCUGCUGCAGGAUUUAAGCCCUGGCUGGUGUUUAGCUCCUUUACUUCGUUGGAUAUCGCUAGUUUACCCUAUCCUGGCACUGCGACUUUACUUUUUAGCAUGGGGAUAGCACGGUGGUUGCGGCAAACAGGCAGCCAGCCAAGAUCUCUGGAUCUCUGCUUUUUAACUGUCCUUGCGCUCCUUUUGCCUAUAGGAGCCCAGUUCCACUCCAGGUUACCGAACUCCGAUAAUAUACUUAUUGCCAACCGCGGCAUCCGCGUUCCCUUUGGUAGAUCUAUCUUCCUGGACCCCGUGCAGGACCUGGUCAUACAAGUGCAGCCUGGAGAUAAGUGUGCCCUAACUGUACUCAACAAUGACCCUCUAUCCCAGAUGCCAGGUUCACUAACGCCGAAAAAGUUCCCCUGUGACUUUGGUCCUGAAGAGGUUAAAUACACCCACCUGGGCUCCCGAAGCCCUGCCAAUGACCGGGUUAGACUGCAAUUAAAGUAUGACUCGCCGACAGAAACUGUGAUUGUGCCCUUCAUACUGGAGGUGCAAGUGGUCUUCCAGCAGCUUGAGAUCGUGACCCGCAACAUGCCUUUGCUGGUAGAAAAGCUCCAUGGAUUUAGUCACCCUAUAGACAAAAAGGUGAUUGGUUUCUCUUAUGACCCAUCAAAGGAGUCUUGCAAAAUCACACCGCUAAUUGGCACAGGGGGGCUACCAAGAUAUGGGCACCUAGUAAAUCUGACCACCAGUCCUCAGCAGGGGUUUGACUGCCACAAUUUUACCAGUGCUGGUUUUCGUUAUAGACACACUGGACCCCAUAACUCACCCAACAGAGACUAUUUGCCUAUGUUAGUAGAACUGACAGAUGGAAUAGGACAAACAAAACAUGAACACUUCCAGCUCACUGUCAGAAUUAAAGAGGGGAUAGAGAACACCCCUCCUCGCCCCAGCUUCAUAUCCAUGAUGAUGAUGGAGGUGGACCAGUUUGUGCUCACUGCUCUUACCCCUGAAAUGCUCGCUGCGGAGGACUUGGAGUCUGACCCAGGGGAUCUUAUAUUCAACAUGACCAGCCAGCUAGAUAUGGAAACAUCUGGGUACCUAAUCAGCACAGACGACCAAAAUUUGCCCAUCACAGCAUUUACUCAGAAAGAACUGGCAGAUCUUAGGAUUGCCUAUCAGCCCCCAACCAGUGAGUCCGAUCAAGAGAGAAUACUGCAGCUGGAAAUGCAGAUAAUAGACACAGAAGGUGCUUCGUCGGACACUUUUGCAUUUAUGAUUCUGGUCAAACCCAUGAACACUUUGGCACCACUGGCUACGCGUAAUGCUGGACUGCAGCUCCUGGAGGGUCAGUCACGUCCUCUGUCUGGCCCUGGAUCUGGGGUGAACAACUUAAUCAUCAGUGAUGAGGACAACCUAGAAGAUGUGAAGCUGAGUGUGAUUGACGGUCUUAGACAUGGGCAGCUAUUUUUGGCACAUAGUAACAGUGACAUCAGCAGCAACAGUGGCUCUAAUGGCUUCAAAUUCACCCCUCAAGAUCUUCACUCUGGGCUAAUAAUUUAUCAACAUGACGGCAGCGACACAUACAGCGAUAAUAUAAUAUUCAGAUUGGAUGAUGGAAAGCACAGAGUUGAGUUGCUUUACCCCAUCACCGUGUCGCCUACAGACGAUGAACCACCAGUGCUAAAUGCAAAUACAGGACUGAGUUUGUCUGAGAAGGGGUUGGCUUUAAUCUCCCCAUUUAUGCUCAGUGCAACGGAUAUUGAUUCUGAAGACUCAACCAUACUUUUUGUACUACAAGAACCCAACAGCAUAAUGGGAGAGUUUGUUUUAAGGCAGUCGGAAGAACCUAUAGAAGAAGAAGGUUGGCAAUACCAUCAAGAAGAAGGAGUGUAUGAGAAGGUAGUUAGGGAAUGGUACCAGAAAGACAUAUUAGAUGGUAAACUUCAUUACAAGCAUGUUGGACCUCAUAAUGCUCAGACAGUGCUGGACAGGGUGAGUUUCCUGGUGAUGGAUGACAAUGACCCACCCAAUCAAUCCGGAGAGCAAGUUUUCAUUGUCCGUGUAGAGCCGGUAGAUGACAUUCCUCCGGAGCUAUAUCAGGGUACCACAUUGAACAUGACAGUCAAAGAAUACGAGUUAACUCAAUUUAAAAAGAAGCACCUGCGAUAUACAGACCUGGACACAGACGACAGAGAGCUCAGAUACACUUUGCACAGUCAUCCAAGAGACACUGAUCCAAAUCACCCUUUUAUCACUGGUAGGAUAGUGCUUACUGAUUUCCCAGAGGUCGAAGUGACACACUUUACCCAAGCCCAAAUAAAUCAUCAUAAAAUCUCCUACAGACCUCCAGAAAAAGAAUUGGGAAUUGUGCCAAAACUUCUGCAAUUUAACUACAGUGUGGAGGAUGCUGCAGGUAACUCAGUGCAAGGAACAUUUACUAUCGUCCUACAGCCUGUGGACAACAAACCCCCAGAAAUUAUCAAUACUGGCUUUACGGUUCAAGAAAGAGGAUUUUUCACUCUUACAAAUGCUGAACUUGAUGCAACAGACCAAGACACAGAUCUCACGAACAUUGAAUUCACUUUAACCCUAGCCCCUCUUUUUGGAGAAUUACAGUUUCAAGGAACAGCAAUGAGCGUGGGAGAUCGUUUUGUAUUAAAUGACAUAGCCAAGGGUCUUCUUUUAUACCAUCACAGUGGAGAAGAAUCAACAAGCGAUACAUUUUCACUGGUAGUCAAUGAUGGAGUCCACGAAGUUCCAAUUACAAUAAAGAUAAAUGUAAAACCAGUCGACGAUGAAGCUCCAACCCUGAUGAUGCCUGGAGGUCUCUUGGGAUCCUCAAUAGAGGUUUUGGAGCGGGGAAGCACUGAGAUUACCACCAGUGUCAUUCAGGGAACUGACCCAGAUACAGAUGACUUGAUGCUCACUUUCAUUGUAGAGGAACCUCCAAAAAGAGGGGACAUCUUAGUUAAUGGACAUGUUUCUGAAAGGUUUUCACAGGAAGACCUUCUUAGUGGUGUUGUGGUCUAUCAACAUACAUCAGGAGAGAUUGGAUUAAAGAGCCAACAAGACUCAUUCAAUCUUACUAUUUCUGACCUUUCUGAUGAGUGGGUUAUUGGAGGUAACAAAGUGCAAGGAGUCCAGGUGCAUAUAAUUAUCCUACCCGUGGACAGCGAAGCCCCAGAUGUAAAAUUGAAACAACAGUUCUCUGUCCUUGAAGGUGAAAAAAAUACAAUUACCUUGGAACAUUUAGAUGCUGAAGACACAGAUACACCUAAAGAUGAUAUUCUUUGCACUAUCAUUGUCCAAACCACCUCUGGUUACGUGGAAAACAUUUCCCCAGCGCCAGGAUCUGAAAAAUCCAGAUCUGGAAUCCCAAUCAGUGCAUUUACACUAAGAGAUAUCCGUUUGGGGCAUAUAUAUUAUGUUCAGAGCAUUCACCAGGGAGUGGAACCGUUAGAAGAUCGAUUUACCUCCCGCUGUUCAGACGGUAUCAAUUUUUCACAUCGUCUUUUUUUUCCAAUAGUCAUCAUUCCUACAAAUGACGAGAAGCCAGAAAUAUUUAUAAGGGAGUUCAUAGUCAUGGAAGGCAUGAGUCUAGUAAUUGAUACUCCAAUCCUAAAUGCAGCAGAUUCUGAUCAUCCCAUGGAUGAACUCAUUUUCGUCAUAACCAAGCCUCCUGAACACGGUAGAGUGGUUCAGCAGCAGACAACAGGCAUGGUGCCCAUUCUGAACUUUACUCUGGAAGAAAUAAAAGAGAGUUCUAGUAUUGUCUAUGAACAUGAUGACUCUGAAACCAACGAAGACAGUUUUUAUAUUCUCCUGACUGAUGGGGAGCACCAAGUGGAAAAGAAAAUUCUUAUUAUGGUUAUCCCUGUUGAUGAUGAGACUCCAAGAAUGACCAUCAACGAUGGGCUAGAGGUUGAAAUUGGCGAGACAAAGUUAAUCACAAAUAAGGUACUGAAAGCCACAGAUUUAGAUUCAGAGGACAAAUCUUUGAUGUAUGUAGUUCGACAUGGUCCCAGCCAAGGGCUUCUGCAACGUUUGGAUGAAAGUGGUUCAGUAGAAAAUAACAUAACUUUAGGCAUGAACUUCACUCAAGACGACAUUGAUAAGGGUUUGAUACAAUAUGUCCACACAGGUCAAGAAGGUAUCCGUGACCUCUUCAAAUUUGACAUUACUGAUGGUAUCAAUCCAUUCAUUGACAGGUACUUCUACAUUAGUAUUGGUAGCAUUGAUAUUCUAUACCCUGAAGUGAUCAAUAAAGGAGUUACCCUUAAAGAAGGUGGGAAGGUAACUCUUACUACAGACCUUUUAAGUACAAGUGACCUCAACAGCCCAGAUGAGAACCUGAGAUUUAGUAUCACUAGAGCGCCAAGUCGUGGUCAUCUAGAGAGCUCAGAUGUACCAGGAGUUCCAAUCACAUCAUUUACUCAGCUUCAGUUGGCUGGAAAUAAGAUAUAUUAUAUACAUACGUCAGAAGAUGAAAUGAAGAUGGACAGCUUUGAGUUUGAGGUGACAGAUGGCUAUAACCCAGUAUUCAGGACCUUUAGAGUCUCAAUUACUGAUGUGGACAACAAGAAACCUGUGCUCACAAUACAUGACCUAUUAGUUAAUGAAGGUGAACAAAAACUCAUUACACCGUUUGAGCUAACUGUAGAAGACAGAGAUACUCCUGAUAAUUUGCUUCGUUUUACGAUCACUCAAAUACCAGUUCAUGGGCAGAUUCUGUUCAAUAACAGCCAGCUGGUUACUGCUUUCAGCAAGCAAGAUUUGAAUGAGAAUCUGAUCAGCUACCGGCAUGAUGGUACAGAGUCGUCUGAAGAUAGCUUUUCCUUCACUGUUACCGAUGGGACACACCUAGAAUUUUUUAUAUUCCCUGAUACCACUUUUGAGACACGAAGACCUCAAACCAUGAAAAUCCAAAUCAACUCGUUGGAUAAUGGUAUACCUCAAAUUGUUGUUAACAAAGGUGCUCCAACACUGAGAAAUCUUAACUCCGGACUUUUGGGUUUUAUGAUCACAAGCAAAUCACUAAAGGCAGAAGACAGAGAUAGUCCACACAAGCUCCUCAAGUAUAAGAUCACAGAUGGACCUCAGCAUGGGGUUAUCAUCAACAUGGCUUUUGGCAAUACCACAGUCAAGACAUUUACACAGGGCGAUAUUGAUGACAUGAAAAUCUGCUAUAUAUUAAGAGACGGUGACAAUGCAACAAGUGACAUAUUCCAUUUCUCAAUAGAAGACAGUGGUGGAAAUAAACUGAAAAGCCAACCAUUUCGUCUUAACUGGGCUUGGAUUUCAUUAGAGAAGGAUUACUACAUUGUAGAUGAAGACUCAAAGUUUCUGGAGGUGACUCUUAGACGCAGAGGAUACCUAGGAGAAACGUCCUUUAUAAAGCCAGCAUUUUAUUUUGCUGAUGCUGAUUACCAUAUUGAUGAAAGUGCUGGUUAUGUGGAAGUUCGUGUGUGGAGAACAGGAACUGAUCUUUCCAAGCCAGCUACCGUCACAGUCCGCUCCAGGAAAACAGAGCCACUGUCUGCUGAAGCUGGCACUGAUUAUGUUGGGAUCAGCAGAAAUCUAGACUUUGCUCCUGGUGUGAACAUGCAGAGUUUUCGAGUGACAAUUCUGGAUGAUUUGGGGCAGCCUGCCUUGGAAGGUCUUGAGAAGUUUGAGCUAGUUCUUCAGAUGCCCAUGAAUGCAGUGCUGGGUGAACCCAGCAAAACGACUGUCACCAUCAAUGAUACAGUGUCUGAUUUGCCUAAAGUCCAAUUCAAGGAGCCUGUUUAUAAUGUGAAUGAGAAGGAUGGCAGAUUGUCAGCUGUCAUAUACCGUAGUGGUGACGUUAACCAUAAAUCUACAGUGCGAUGUUAUACUCGCCAAGGUUCUGCACAGGUUGUCAUCGAUUAUGAAGAAAGGCCAAACACUGAUGAUUCUGUGGUUGUUUUUUUGCCAGGGGAGAUUCAGAAGCCCUGUGUGUUAACUCUGGAAGAUGACACACUUUAUGAAGAGGAGGAAGAACUCAGGCUUGUUCUUGGGACACCAAAAAGUGACUCGCCUUUUGGGGCUUCAAUAGGAGAACAAAAAGAAGCUCUAAUUAAGAUAAAAGAUGUUGAAGACAAACCUAUCAUCAAGUUUUCUGAAGUCAAAUAUAGUAUCAAAGAGCCCCAGGAACCAGGAGAAAUAGCAUUGGUGAAGAUCCCUGUGCACCGCUUAGGAGACAGCUCCAAGGUGUCCAUUGUACGAAUUCACACAAAGGACGGCUCAGCUAUUUCUGGAGAAGACUACAACCCAAUGUCUGAAGACCUUGAAUUUAAAGAAGGAGAAAAAGAGCACUUUGUUGAGAUAGAAAUAUUAUAUGACGGCAAAAGGGAAAUGCGUGAAGCAUUUACAGUUCAUUUGAAACCUGAUGAAAACAUGGUGGCUGAAACACAGAUGAAUAAAGCCAUUGUGUACAUUGAAGAAAUGGACAGUGUUGCUGAUGUGACAUUCCCAGCGAUACCACAAGUUGUCUCACUUUUAAUUUAUGAUGAUACUGUUAAAGCCAAAGAGAACCCAAGUCCUCCAACUGGAUAUCCUGUUGUGUGUGUUACGGCAUGCAAUCCUAAAUAUUAUGACUUUGACAAAACUGGAUCUAUAUGUGACUCAGAGAGUAUUAAUGACACCCUAACCCAGUACCGCUGGCUGGUUAGUGCUCCAAGUGGCCGUGAUGGGGUCACCAGUCCAAUGCGUGAAAUUGACUCCAACACAUUUUUCACCAACACCAAGUCCAUCACCUUAGACUCCAUCUACUUCAAUUCUGGGUCAAGGAUCCAAUGUGCUGCACGGGCAGUUAAUAGUAAUGGAGAUGUUGGUCUGGAGGUGCAGAGUCCUAUAGUUACUGUCAGCAAAGAGGAAGGUCUUUGCCAGCCACGUAUUCCGGGGACUGUCGGAGCUGAACCCUUUUCUGCAAAAAUUCGUUACACGGGCCCUGGCGAUUCUGAUCACCCUAAUUUGAUCAAAUUGACUGUAACAAUGCCUCAUAUGGAUGGUAUGCUGCCUGUUAUUUCAACAAGACACAUGUCCAAUUUUGAGUUGACUCUUAGCCCAGAUGGAACGCGAGUUGGCAACCAUAAGUGUUCUAACCUUCUUGAUUAUAAUGAGAUACCCACUAGGCAUGGCUUCAUUACGGAUAACACCAAAAACCCAGAAUUAAUUGGUGAAACAUCUGCUUACCAAUACAGUUCUGCACUUCGUUCACCUAGAACACUUCGCUUUUAUCAGAAUCUUAAUCUAGAGGCCUGUCUCUGGGAAUUCAACAGCUACUAUGAUAUGUCAGAACUUUUAACAGAUUGUGGUGGAAGCAUUGGCACAGAUGGACAAGUUCUAAAUUUAGUUCAGUCCUAUGUGACUCUACGGGUGCCUCUCUAUGUCUCCUAUGUUUUCCAUUCUUCGGCAGCAGUUGGUGGAUGGCAGCACUUUGACUUGCAGUCAGAGUUGAGGUUGACCUUUGUUUAUGAUACGGCAAUUCUGUGGAAUGAGGGCAUAGGCAGCCCACCAGAGUCUGAGUUGCAGGGAUCUCUGUAUCCAACUAGUAUGCGAAUUAAUGAAGAAGGACGCUUGGUUGUGAACUUUAAGACUGAGAUACGCUUCAGGGGCCAGUUUGUGAUGUCUCACCCAGGCACAUCCUUGACAUCUAUGGUAAUGUCUGUGGAUCACCCUGAACUCACCUUCACUUUGAGCUUGCUGCGAAGUGAGACCACUUAUAACCAGCCUGUUCAACAAUGGAGCUUCAUCUCAGAUUUUGCUGUACGUGACUACUCAGGCACAUACACAGUGAAGAUUAUCCCAUGCAGUGCACCUCCUAAUCAAGAAUAUAUUUUACCUAUUGUCUGCAACCCAAGAGAGCCGAUCUCCUUUGAUAUUGAUAUACGAUUUCAGCAGGUCAGUGACCCUGUAGCAGCAGAAUUCAGCCUCAAUACACAAAUGUUUUUAUUGUCUAAGAAGGAACUUUGGAUAUCUGAUGGCUCAAUGGGAUUUGGAGAGGGAACAGAUGUGGCAUUUUCUGAAGGUUCCACAAUCUUCGGACGUGUCAUGGUGGACCCAGUUCAAAACCUUGGUGAUUCUUUUAUUUGCAACAUUGAAAAAGUGUUUUUGUGUACUGGUGCUGAUGGAUACGUCCCUAAAUAUAACCCAGUCAACAAUGAGUAUGGCUGUCUUGCAGACUCUUCCACUUUACUGCAUAGAUUUAAAAUACUGGACAAAGCUCAGCCAGAAACUCAAGCAAGACUGUUCGGGGAUGUUCCAUUUGAUGCCAAAUUAGCUAUGGACAAUCCUGAUGCGUUGCCACUGAGUAGACAGCCAGGUUCUGAUGGCUUUAGCCUCUCAUCUAGUGCCUUAUUCCAGGUGUCCGCAGGACGGGAAUGGUUCAUUCAUACAAUUUAUACAGUUCGCUCUCGAGAGAAUGCAAACCGAGGAAUUGGAAAGCGCAGUGUGGAUUAUCAUCAUGCCUUAAGUAGCAGUGCUGGUCAGCAAAAUCAUCUUCUGUUAAGAAGGAGCAGAAGGGCUAAUACAGAGGUUUCAGUCCUUGCUCAAGACAUUGGUAUUGAUAACAACAGAGGAACCAAUAUUCAGCACAUUACCCUACAACCCUCCAGGAAAUUAUCUGGAAAUCAGCGGGACACAUCGCCAUCUGGUGGACAAUACCAGAAGCCUAUUUUAGAAGCAACAGGGCUUAACUCAGAGGACAAUAAUGUAAUGCAUUUUAUCGGAGGGGCAGGUGCUUUAGUGUUUCUUAUAUGCACCACACUUAUUAUUGUGUUAAUCUUGAAACGUAGAGGACAUUCACAUUCUGGAAAAAAGUCUCCAUCCAACAGCCACUGUAAUAGUCGAGAAACUGUGACUACACGCCAAAGCAGCAGUGACAGUUCAGAGGUCUAGGAGCUUAAUUGUACUGUACCUUGAAUUUGUUUAAAUGCUGUGGAGACCCUUCAUUCUUGAUUUUCACUACCUUCCUCCAAGCAGUGCCUUACUUUAAUUUAAAAAUCAACAUGUAUCCUUAAAAGAGUUAAAAUGUCAGGUAUCCAGUUGGCUGCACAUAGAGAUAGUGAAAUCGAUUUUGACGACAUCAAUAUUGAAGAGAUUGAACAAGUCAUCAGUAAAAGAAUUUUGAACUUUUAGGCUACACAGUUAUAGUUACUGGAUCCAAACUGUGUGAUUCCGUUCUGUUUCACUAUACUGAAAAAUAUGUAAUGAAAGAAAAGCUACAAUGGGUUAAAAAACAUUAUAGUCAAGAACACUGAAAACAAUCAUUAAUAGCUCUGUCCAGCUUGUUGUCUUGAUUAUAUGUUAUUUAAUGUACAAUCACUAAAGCUCACACUUCUAUCUAUACUGUUGUGAGUACUUUGCAUAAAAUAACAUAAGAACUGAGGGCACUAGGCAAGCUGAAUAUAGCUACUGGCGAAUUAUGCUCACUGUAAUAUGGUAUAUUAGGUUUAGUACCUUAGAACUACUGAAAAUACUUGAUAGCCAGAGAUGGCUGCAAUGUGCUGUACAAUAAUAUUUUGGUGCUUGUUUGGCAACCAGUGGGGUAAUGGACAUUUUGAAGGGAUUUUUGUGUGUACAGUCUUGUUUCGACAUAAAUUUAGUUUUUUUCUAAAUGUGAGUUUGCUCUUAAAUCCUGUUCUCAGAAUAAGCAGAUCAAAGCUGAUAAACAACAACACUGUUCAUAACCUUCUAUCAAGCAGUGACUAAUCUGCAGUGCAUGUUAUCAACAUUCUUUUCAUUUUUCUUUUUUAUUCAAAUUGGUGCUAAAAUAGUAAAAUACAAUAGUAACACCCCAAAAAUAAUGUGAGAAGUAAAUAGAACUUCUGGUAACUGUGUCAGUUCUAGUAGGAGAUGGAGGUACUAAGCACGUCAAUUGUCAAAGGUGGGAAAAGCCGAAAAAAGGACAUUGUGCUUAAACAUGUUUUGUCAUCCGUAUGGAAGCAGAGUAUUUAACCAUGAUGAUAUUUUAUUACCUGAAUAAAUAUGAAGUAUAAACUAAUUACAUUUUUUUAGAUUUAAACUAUUACGCCAGUAUCAGACUUCAUACUAAUAUUUAUUGACUUAUGGGUUCUCAGUGAGGGGUUUGCGAGAAAUUACUAACCAACCAAUGAGCUUUACCUAGAAGUACAUAUUAACCAAUGAGUGUUAGUAGAAAGUAAUAUCAUCCAAUGAGUGCCCAGCCAUUACACCUAAAUUAAUUUCAAUUUAAAUUAAAACAUCUUUAUAUAUUUUUUGUUAAAAAAAAAUUCAACAUAUUUAAAUACUGUUCUUUUAUUAUUGUUUUGAGCAUAUUUCCCCUCCUUAAACAUUGCUUUUUGCCAUGUCCUGUACUCUUCAUAGACGAAAAACAUAACUGGGUCAAAUAGGGAUUAAAGGGACAGUCUAGUCCAAAAUAAACUUUCACGAUUCAGAUAGAGAAUGUAAUUUUAAACUAUUUUCAAAUUUACUUUUAUCACAAAUUUUGCUUUGUUCUCUUGGUAUUCUUAGUUGAAAGCUAAAUCUAGGAGGUUCAUAUGCAAAUUUCUAAGCCCUUGAAGGCCGCCUCUUCUCUCAGGGCAUUUUGACAGUUUUUCACCACUAGAGAGUGUUAGUUCAUGUGUGUCAUAUAGAUAACACUGUGCUCACGCAUGUGGAGUUCAGGUGAGCCAGCUCUAAUUGGCUAACAUGGAUGUCUGUCAAAAGAACCGAAAUAAGGGGCAGUUUGCAGAGGAUUAGAUACAAGGUAAUCACAGAGGUAAAAAGUAUAUUAAUAAAACUGUGUUGGUUGUGCAAAACUAGGGAAUGGGUAAUAAAGAGAUUAUCUAUCUUUUGAAACAAUAAACAUUCUGGUGUAGACUGUCCCUUUAAGAUGCAAUGAAAUGAAAAAUAAGCAGUAAAAAUGUAUGGCCCACUCCAAUCAGUACCACCCUCCUCUCUUUACACAGUGUUUUGUGACAGCUUUAUUAGGGCCCCCAGUUUUAAGAACUAGAACCACCCCAAACUGAUAAAUGAAAAUGGAAUUGUACAAGUGCUUUCACUAUUGACAAGUUAUGCAAUAAGCUACAGUUCCUAUUUAAGUUUGACUAAAAUAAUGGAAAGCAUACUGAUUAAAUACAUAUUUAUAAUGUUUCUUUUUAAUUAUUGAUUACACAAAUAUAUGAAAUGCUUUUUUAUCUAUUUAAUAAUAGUUGGAGGUACGAAGACAUUUUGUCCGAAAUAAUAAGUUGCUGUUCAAAGGUGCAUUAGUUGUUUUUUUGUUUUAUCUGGUAGCAACAUUCUUAUGUUUUUUUUUUUAUAUUGGAAGCACACACGUUUUACAAUGUUUUUCAAAUAAUUGUCUCAAACAUAUAGAAAUACUUAUUUUAAUGUAAAUAAAUUUUGCCAUUAAAAAAGUUGA